AUGCCUGCAUGGCAGUCUGCUCGCAGGGAGACUUGCUCCUCCGACGCGUUCAAGUGCGCGACAAGCGGCGAGUGUAUCCCGCAGGCUUGGGUGUGUGACGGACAGCCUGACUGUGGCAGAGAUGACCUCUCCGACGAGCAUCGCGACACAUGUGCUACUAACAACACAUGUCCCGCUAACACGUACCACUGCGACGACCUGCUCGCCUGCGUGCCCCUGAGCAGCGUCUGCAACUCACACCCCGACUGCCAGGACGGCUCAGACGAGGGCUCCUUCUGUGACUUGAAACCCUGUUCAGCGAUGCACUGCCACCACAACUGCACGUCAACACCUUCAGGAGGCCAGUGCUACUGCCCCUACGGCCAGAAGCCCGUGGGCGACGCCUGCGAAGCGAUGAACAUGUGUGAGGUGGAGGGUACGUGCGACCAGCUCUGCAGCGUCCACGACGCCCACCACCGCUGCUCCUGCGUACCCGGCUACACGCUCCUCGAGGGCCGCCGCUGCGCUGCCGUCAACGAGCCUGAAGGUGCACCGGCGCUGCUGUUGUAUGGCAGCGCCACGGCUCUGGAGGAACUCUACCUCAACGGCUCUGGUGUCUUCGGCCACUCGCUCAGCAAGCGCGUCGCCGUGUCAACCCUUGACUACGUCUACAGCAACAGAACAGUGUGCUGGGUGAACCCUGGACUGGACCUGGCGGUGAUGGAGUGCGCUCAUCUCGACAACCUGGAGCGUCACUGGAAGCUCGGCCAUCCACCGCACUACCAGCUCGACUACGCGAAGCAAAUAGCCGUGGAGUGGGUGACCGGCAACUGGUAUGUCUUGGACCGACGAGAGUUUAUCUUCGUAUGCACGUCCUCGCUCUCCACGUGCGUUACCAUCGUCGACAGCUUCGUCAACAAGCCCCAGAGCAUCGCUGUCGAUCCUGCCCAAGGGUUCCUGUUCUUCAGCGGCUACGGUACGCUGCCUCCUAAAAUUGAGCGCACGUUCUUGGAUGGAUCAAAUCGUACAGAAAUUGUUACCAAGAAGCUCGUCUACCCGUCGGGCAUCACGCUGGACUACGCUAAGAAGCAGCUGUAUUGGGUGGACUUCUACCUCGGUCACCUCGCCAGGGUUGACUACGACGGUGAACACCGCAAGACAAUCACAACCUUCAUGAAGGACGACAGGCCGCACUGGCUGACGAUGUUCGAGCGCACGUUGUACGUGCUGAGCGAGCAGAACAACGGCGGCCUUAAGAGCGUAGACUUGGACGGCCACCGCCGCCCUGUGCCCAUGAAGACAGACCUCGAGUCCAGCAACGUCAUCACUGUCGUGCAUCGCCAGCGCCAACCUCAUGUUGAUCACCCGUGCGGCGUAAACAACGGAGGCUGCGACGAGUUGUGCGUGGUGAUGUACCGAGGCAGCGGCGAGGCGUACGCCUCCUGCCUCUGUCAGCCUGGCCACGUCCUGCACGCUGGCGUCUGUGUUGAACAGAUACCGGAGGAGUUCUUGCUGUACGUGAUGGAGAGGCCUGGCUUCAUCAAAGGUGUUCCGCUGGAUGAGACGCACGGCAAGCAAGUUAUCCUGCCCAUCACCGGCCUCGUCCGGCCCUCCGCCGUCGACUUCAACUCACGCACAGGCUUCAUCUUCUACUCGGACGUGCAGAGACAGAGAAUUGACCGACGUAAGGUGGACGGGUCGAUGCACGUCCCCGUCGUCAGUGACGGGCUUAUCAACGUCGAGGGACUCGCUGUCGACUGGCUGGCUGAGAACCUUUACUGGACCGACGAGGGUCGUUCUUGUAUUUUCGUAUGCAAGCUGGACGACAGCUCGAAGCGCCGUCUCCUCGUGCACGAGAACUUGACCAACCCGCGCGCCAUCGCACUCAACCCCGACGCCGGCCUCAUGUACUGGACCGUCUGGAAGCUCAACUCCGACGCCAAGCAGGAAGCGAAGAUAGAAGUAGCGUGGAUGACGGGAGAACAUCGGUCUGUUCUUGUACGAGACGGGCUGGUGUGGCCCAACGGCCUCUCCCUGGACUUGGAGCGCCAGCAGCUCUACUGGUGCGACGGAUACACCAACACAAUUGAGAGGAUUGACCUCUCCGGCUCUGGCAGACAGGUUGUUCUACACAAGCCAGAUGCGCACUUCUAUGGCCUUAGCUACCACCGCAACCACAUCUACUGGACAGACUUCCAGAAGGGCAGCGUACAUCGCAUGAGCACGAGUGAAGACACCAUUAAAGCCGUCGCAGAAAUUGUUAAACUUGGUGGCGAUACUGGUGGCGGCGGUGGUGGUGGCAGUGGUGGCAGCUUUCAACCAAACCCUACAAAUGCUGUUAACAUUCUGCUGAAGCAAGCCAAGAACCGUGCAUCCAAGUCUCACGUUACGAUGACCACCAAAAGCGAAGUUUCUGAUAAUCAGAAGGCGUGGCUUAAUGAAGAGCUGAGUCGCCGCUACAGAGAGCUGGUGAUGACGUUGCAGGAAGAACAUCCAAGCUUGUUUGAUGUGAAGGUUUACAGUGCCGACCUGCAGCAGGGCACGUCUAAGUGCAGCGAGUUGAAUUGCUUGCAUCUCUGCCUGACGUCUCCGGAAGGCCAGAGAUGUGCCUGUAACACGGGCUAUGAACCUUCCCCUCACUUCCCUCAGAUGUGCGUCGAAAUUGCCAAUUUCUCCAUGCCUUCUCACUGCGACAAGGAGCAGUUUGAGUGCGUGCGAGACCUGCGCUGCAUUGACCGACGUUUUCUGUGCGACGGCGAUAACGAUUGCAGCGACCACAGCGACGAGGACGCGUCGUCUGGUGGCGUCUGUGAGGUUGCGGAGUGCAGCGGCGGGCAGUUUGAGUGCAGCAACAACCGCUGUAUAGAGCACCACUGGGUGUGUGAUGGUGAUGAUGAUUGUGGUGAUGGUUCUGACGAGACCAGCGACCAGUGCACCUGCAAUGACAUGGAGUUCAGGUGCGGGGACGGCCACUGUAUCCCCGUCCACUGGCGCUGUGAUGGCUAUGAAGACUGCGCCGCCUCACCAGGCCACAAGUCUGAUGAAGAUAACUGUGAAGAGCGCGACUGCAGCAGCGGCGACUACCGCUGUGGCAACGGGCGCUGUAUUCUGAUGGCAUUUGUGUGUGAUGGCAACGACGACUGCCACGACAACACAGACGAGAUGUUCUGCCACACAAUCUGCCAUAACGUGUCCGCUCUUAACGUCCCCAACACGCCCCCCAUGUGUGCAACAUCCUGUAACACUUCUCUCACAAGGGAAGACUGUGAGGAGAGGCAAGACUGUACAUGGUGUGGUGACAGCGUGUGCUUCGCAUCACACCAGCUCUGCGAUGGUGUACACGACUGUCCUGACGAUGCUGACGAAGCUGCCUGCGCUAUUACAUUGAGCUCCUUGUGCAGCACCGAAGAGUUCCUGUGCGAGGAAGAGCUGCGCUGCAUCCCGCGAGACUUCCUAUGCGACGGCAACGCUGACUGCUUCGAUAACUCUGACGAGCGCAACUGUAGCACCAUAUCAUGCAGCAGCGAAGAAUGGCGGUGCACCUCAGGCCGGCAGUGCAUCUUACAGAGCUAUCACUGCAACGGGUCUCCGGACUGCGACGACGAGUCAGACGAGCGCAACUGCACGACGUCUAGUAGCAGUGCGGCGACGCACGUUGAGACACCAGGCAACCACUCAGGGCUGUACAACCCAUGCCUGGCACCAGCUGUUAUGAGCUGUGAUAACGGCACCAUCUGUCUACUGCCGCACCAGCUCUGUGAUGGAGUGCAGCUCUGUGAUGACGGCUUUGACGAAGGAGGCCGCUGUGGUUUGAAGGAGUGUACUUUGCUUGCAUGCACGGAAGGCUGCGUGCAGACGCCGUAUGGUCCUCUGUGUACGUGUCCUGUACACACGUCCUUACUGGAGGACGGCGUGACGUGUAGCUCUCCUCCACACAUCUGCGACGUGUGGGGCACCUGCCAUCAGUUGUGUCACCGCGUGUCAGGCGGGGGCCACAAGUGUGGCUGUAGCGCAGGGUUCCUCCUGGAGGCUGACGGCUUCACCUGCAAGAGCGUCGAGCGCCGUGAGCCGUACCUGGUGUUCUGCAACCGUCAUGAGCUGCACCGGCUCUCCAUCACAAGUAACGUGUCCAGCGUCCAGCACAAGCCGCUGCUCAAGGGUCUUAAGAACGCCGUGGCGCUGGACUUCUGGCACACUGACGAGGGCAUCGACCAUCUCUUCUGGACGGACGUGUCCAGCGACCAGAUCUUCACCGGCACACUCUAUGCUGGCAGUCUGACGAACAUCCACGUUGUGCUGUCGUUUGGUGUGGCCACAGCUGAAGGCCUCGCUGUCGACUGGAUGGGCCACAACCUGUACUGGGUAGUGAGGGGCAAACGGUCCAGCUUACAGGUGGCCCAGCUGUCUGGGUCUAGCCUCUCUGGGGUCAACACCAAGACCCUCAUAGACACCGCCAUACACAGCCCCAGGGCCAUCGCUCUAGACCCCAGAGACGGGCUUAUCUUCUGGACAGACUGGGAGAUGCACAAGUCUCGCAUCGAGCGCGCGACGAUGAGCGGCGGAGACCGACGCGUGGUCGUCACCAUCGGGGGGCUGGGCUGGCCUAACGGCCUCACGCUCGACUAUUUCGCUCGCAGGAUAUAUUGGAUAGACGCUAAGAGUGACAGCAUCCAUACUGCCGAGUAUGACGGCUCCGACCCCAGGAUGAUCUUACACGCGCACGACCUGCUCUCCCACCCGUUCGCCAUCACCCUGUACGGCACCCAAGUGUUCUGGACGGACUGGCGCACUAACUCCCUUAUGAGUGCCAACAAGUACAACGGGUCUAACGUGUCGGUGUUGCGGCGCACCAUCACGCAGCCCUUCGACGUGGUGCUCGUACACCCCUCCCGCCAGCCUCGAGAGGGGGCGAACGCGUGUGCUGGUAACGGGGGCUGCUCGCACCUGUGCCUGCUGAGUGGUCCUGGCACCAGGGAGUGCCACUGCCCGCAGGAGAUGUCGCUAGUGCCCAACUCCACUCAGUGUGCCCGCAAAGAGACGAUCAUCUUCCUGAGCCUGCCUGGAGAGCUACGAGGGCUGGACAUCUCAAGCCCCUCGUCUGCCUUCAUCCAUCAUUUGGGCAACCCUAAUACUGCCGGGACGUCAAACUGGCAGCCUGGACGCGACACCGUGAGUGUGUUUGAAAUCGGACAACUUGACUUCGACUCGUCCGAGCAGUGGGUGUACUGGACCGAGCCUUGGGUGCACGAGGUGCGACGUAUGAGGCUCGAUGGGUCCCGACACGCAGAAGUCCUUCUGGAUACUGAACUUACGAACCCUAGAGGUUUGACGAUCGACUGGGUGUCCGGAAAUUUAUUUUUCGGACACUCCGUGUAUAACUUGGACCCGUCCUCUGCAAUCUUCCCUGUGAAAGUAAAAAACCGAGUAGAAAUACGAGGCUCUGGCCACAUCAGCGUGUGCAAGUUAGAUGGAUCUUUCAGGCGCGUCUUAAAGACAGUGUCGGUCACGUACGUCCCGUCGCUUGCUGUGGAUCCUUUCUUAGGCCUGGUUUAUUUCAUCGAUAUCGAGCAGCGUGACGACAAACGGGUCUUUAAAAUAGGAGCAUUUGACAUGACUGGCAAGGCAUUUGCAAUCACAGACUCUACUGUUUCAUCUGAUGUAGUGCACCCUGCGUAUCUUAUAGUUGAUUGUCCUUCGCAACGUCUCUACUGGAUCGAUCUCAGCACAGGAUUCGUCAUGUUUUAUGAACAGAAACAGAAAACGGUGGGAUCUUUACGCCGCGUCGUUCCUGAAGACAACUCACGAAUUUUUGGACUCUCUUUGUUCAGUGGCUAUCUGUAUUACGGCGUCAAUAGCACGCUCUAUAGGAGCAGCUUGUCGUCAAAUAAUGACGCGGAGGAGAUCACAACAGACGCUGCGCGUGCGACAAGUGUCAUGAUUUACCAUCAACGUAAAGGAGGAAGCAACAGCUGCGACGGCAAUUCUUGCGCUCAUCUGUGCCUACCCACACCUCUUGGGGCUCCUGAGUGUGUUUGUGCUGAAGGCUACACAAGAGAUGCUCGAGACCCGACCAUCUGUGUGGCAGCUGAUCAUGUCUUAGUGUACGCUUCACAGAAGGGGCUCACUGGCUUCAUUCUGCAGCCUGAGGGGCACUUUGAAGCAGGAGGCCUUCCCGUCAUCUCAAGACUCGGGGCCGUGGAUGUUGUCAGCGCAGACGUUCGAAGGAAUAUUCUUGUUGUGGCUGACUUUGAUGCUGGCACCGUCACGCAAAUGUGGCGAGAUGGAACGAGUCUUAAAACUCUUGUGUCGGGAGCUUCUGUCUCUGGUUUGGCCGUUGAUUGGAUUGCUGGGAACGUGUACUGGUCUGGCGUCAACAGUAUUUCCGUCGGCCGCCUCAAUGACACCCGACAGUAUGUGUUGCUUCACGACCUCGUACAACCUAAGAACUUGGCCUUACAUCCUACCAAAGGGAAGCUUUUCUGGUGCGAAUCAGGCGCUGAAGGAGGCAUUUACACCUCCCUAUUAGACGGCACGGGACGAAGGAGGAUAGUUCACCACACGUCCAGGGUCGGAGGUGUGACAGUGGACUUGGUCCACCACAAGCUCUUCUGGAGUGACUUCGUCGACAGACGCAUACGAGGAUCCAAGCUCGAUGGCUCCGGCGUUUUUACGGUCAUUGAUAAUCUCUCCGGUACUCCCACAGCUCUCGCUCUGCACGACUUGAAUCUCUAUAUUGUCAUGGUCGGACAGAACGUGUACUGGUCUGGCGGCAACAGUAUUUCAGUUGGCCGCCUCAAUGACACUCGACAGUAUGUGUUGCUUCACGACCUCGUACAACCUAAGAACUUGGCCUUACAUCCUACCAAAGGGAAGCUAUUUUGGUGCGAAUCAGGCGCUGAAGGAGGCAUUUACACCUCCCUAUUAGACGGCACUGGACGAAGGAGGAUAGUUCACCACACGUCUAGGGUCGGAGGUGUGACAGUGGACUUGGUCCACCACAAGCUCUUCUGGAGUGACUUCGUCGACAGACGCAUACGAGGAUCCAAGCUCGAUGGCUCCGGCGUUUUUACGGUCAUUGAUAAUCUCUCCGGUACACCAACAGCUCUCGCUCUGCACGACUUGAAUCUCUAUAUUGUCAUGGUCGGCGGCGUGCGGUACAACAGCAGCGUCGGGUUCGUGUCCGUAGCGCCAUCAGCCGGCCAAGCAACAACUCUAACGCGUGUUUUCCACACGGACUUGGACAUCGUUAGCUCACUGAGUGUACUGAGCGAGUCUCUGGGGGCCGACGAGUACAACGACUGCGCUGAGAGCAACGGCGGCUGUCAAGACCUGUGCCUGUAUGAUGGAUCAGAGCUGCAGUGCCGCUGCUUCCAUGCUGCUCUGGCCAGCGAUAAACGCAGCUGUUACGGCCACACCUCGUACAUGGUCUACGCUGACGACAAGAAGCUGUCCAGCGUACAUCUAUACGACGAUGAUGACGUGAACCCUCCACUACGAGAGCUACAAGACUUCACCGCGAGGGCCCUCAGUGUAGACUACCCUCAGUCUCGCCUCUACUACUCCGGGGUCUCCUCCGGCACCAUCCGGAGCUCCUUCUUCAACGGCACUGACGACCGCCUCUUCAUAUCCAAACAAGGCGCCAUAGGAGGGUUGGCGGUGGAGCCUAACGAGCGCCGCCUGUACUGGACCUGCGAGACCGCGGCCGCCGUUAAGAUGGCAGCGCUGGACGAGCCUUAUGGGGCCUCUGGCAAGCACUUCAAGGCUGGGGCCCUCGAUGGCCCGCGUGUCAUACACAGAGUCGUGCAGCUCAACCCCAAGGAGGAUAGACCGAGCAGCAUUGCUCUUGAUUUCUGUCAUCGCAACGUUUACUGGACCAACUGGCACCUGAUGCAGCCAAGCAUCCAACGGGCUGGCUACGAUGGCACAGGCCUGGCUAUGGUUAUUGACACAGACAUCGUACUGCCCAACACACUCGCUAUCGACGACAGCGACGGCAAACUCUACUGGGCAGACGCAAGGCUAAACAAAAUUGAGCGGUGCAAUCUCGACGGUUCCCAUAGAACUAUACACUGUGCCGAUGCUUGUCCCGUGGGUCACAGUUGCUCAGAUACGUGCACGUUGUCCCCGGUUACCCGCGAACCGGUGUGCUCAUGUCACCCCGGUCGGGUACGGAGUGAUCAGAGUGUCUCAGGUCGGGUACGGAGUGAUCAGAGUGUCUUAGAGUGUCGGGACUGUGCACUCACUGAAGUGAACUGUGGCACAGCGUACUGCAUCCCGUAUCAGGACGCGUGUAAUGGCGUGGCGCAGUGUCCUGACGCCAGCGACGAGGAUCCUUAUUACUGUUCAACUCGGGAAUGCAGAGACGGUUUCUUCUCAUGCGGGUCCGGACGCUGCAUUGCCAAGUCACGCGUGUGUGACCAGCAGCCGGACUGUCCGGACAUGCGGGACGAGUCCGACUGUCCGUGCGACACAGACACCGGACACUUCUUAUGUCCGCACAUCGGCAUCUGCUUGCCGCCACAACUGCGGUGUAACGCUCAGCCUGACUGUCCUGAUGUCUCUGAUGAAAUUGGCUGCCCGGCAGUUAACUGUUUUAUGAACGAAAUACCGUUAGCUGCUGGUCAGUCUGUUGCAGUCAUCUUUGUUGGUGUACAUACUGCUGAUACUGCUGCUGGUCAGUCUGUUGCAGUCAUCUUUGUUGGUGCACACACUGCUGCUACUGCUGCUGAGUUACAGAAGACUCCCGAGUGUCUACCAGGCUACCACAAAUGCCACACAGGGUUGUGCAUAGAGCCCAUGUUUGUGUGCGACUUCGAAGACGACUGCGCGGACGGCGGUGCUUUCGGUCCUUCUAGUGACGAAGCCAGCUGCACCAGAACAUGUCAGCAGGACGAGUUUCAGUGCGGGGACGGGUCGUGUAUCAUGCGCUUCUGGCAGUGCGACGGCUCCGCUGAGUGUCCUGAUGGUUCCGACGAGACAAACUGCACCACGUUGAGAGCCUGCAACGAAGGCUGGGUGCGCUGCAACGUGACCAUGCGAUGCAUUCCCCCCAACUGGAUCUGCGAUGGCGACGAUGACUGCGGAGGCUCUCAUCCUCCCGAGGACGAGGAUCAUGACUGCGCGCGAGGCGGGGGAGACUCGGUGUGGAUGGAUUUGGUCGGAGCCUCCAAGGUGGAUGAGGACCACAUCCGGGGACGCGUCGUGCCCAUCUCCUGCAGCCCCGGACAGUUCGCCUGCCCCUUCUUCUCCAGGACCCAGUACCUCUGUGUUGCUAUGCAAUUUUUCUGCGACGGAGAAGUUCACUGCUUGGACGGCAGCGACGAGCCCUCGCACUGCACGGUGCACACGUGUCCUGAAUGGCGACACUUCCGCUGCCGCAACAACAACUGCAUUCCCGACGAGCAGGUCUGCAACACAGUCAAUGACUGCGGCGACUACUCCGACGAGGAGGACUGUCAUGAAGAAGCAAAGGAAUCAGUCGCCGUGUCGAGACAGCGCCGCUUGAUGCAUUAUGUAGUUAUAGUUCAUGAAGAAAUUAUUACUCUGGUAUGUAGACUGGCGGUAUACUUUUUUGUGACGUGUGUGAUGAUGUCACCGAGGAUGGGCAAGAACUGCCGUACAAUCCAUUGCUGUGCCCUCAUCUGCUUUCUACAUCUGCUCCUGAAAGUGAUAGUUACAGCUGUAGCAGCUACGUCUGUGCAGACAGAGACAUCGAUCAGCAGCGGCACAACACAGUCCAUCGCUUCUAAGGACGCCUCAUGUCCGCUCAACAAUUUCAAGUGUUCGAUCCGCUCCUACCAGUCGAGCGUUACUGCCAACCCUAACUCGGUACAGGAUCCCGAAGCACCAGUUCUGCCAGGUUCUGCAGGUGACCAGCAUAACGCCAAGACCCAUAAUGGAUACUUGGGCUCGCGCCCCAUCCGCAGUACUAGCGACAAGCCCGACAAAACCGAGCCGGUGUGCAUUGACGAGACGCGAGUCUGCAAUAACGUCUCCGACUGUGCUGACAAUUCCGACGAGGAGCUUUGUGGCAUCAACGAAUGUUUAGCAACAGACCCGAGUCCCUGCGCUCAGAUAUGUCGGGACCUGAAGGUCGGCUAUCAGUGCCUCUGCUAUCCAGGCUACCGACAAAACCCAACAGAUCCUCGACUUUGUGUAGACAUCGACGAGUGUGAAGAAACGCACCCGUGCCCUCAGUUGUGUCGUAACCAGCUCGGCUCAUACACCUGUAGCUGCGCAGCGGGCUACAUCGCUGAGCAGGAUGGCCACGUGUGCCGCGCCAACUCUUCUGUUCAAGCGCACUUAUUGCUGUCAAACCGCUACCACAUUCGGGAGGUCGACAUCCAUGGACACUACGAUAGGAUCGUCGUGUCUAACCUGACAAACGCUGUCGGUCUGGACUUCGACUGGGCUGAGAACUGCAUUUACUGGUCUGAUGUGGCUAACCUGUCGUCGUCUAUACGACGCAAGUGCGGGCAAGCCGAAACCGAGGUGAUCCAGUCUUCAGUGCAGUCCCCUGAUGGCAUCGCGCUGGACUGGGUGGCCCGCAACCUGUACUGGUGCGACAAGGGCCAGGACACAAUAGAAGUCUCCAAACUUAACGGCAGCUUCAGGAAAGUCCUCAUUUCCAAGGGCCUCAGUGAACCUCGAGCCAUCGUACUCGACCCUUAUCGAGGGAAUCUGUAUUGGAGUGACUGGGGUGAGAAGCCACACAUCGGCAAGGCCGGCAUGGACGGCUCAAACCCUCGCGUUCUUUUUAACGGCACAUUAGGCUGGCCUAACGCCCUCACCAUCGACUAUCCUUCCCAUACGCUCUUCUGGGCAGACGCUAACAAGGAUUAUAUUGCCAUGGCCGAUCUAGAUGCCACAAACUUCAAGUACAUUCUCAGCAAACGAAGCACCCAAGCAUUCAUCCAGCACGUUUUCGCCCUUACGGUAUUCGAAGACUGGAUUUAUUGGACGGACUGGAAAGAAAAAAGUGUCCUAAAAGCUCACAAGUUCACAGGCGCCAACAUCACGAAAGUCUACAGAGCCAUCAACAGACCAAUGGAUAUCCACGUGUUCCAUCCUUUGCGGCAGAUGCCACUGCCGGGCCCCAACCCCUGUGCCAACAACGGAGGCUGCAGCACUCUGUGUCUCCUCGCCCCCGGGGGGAAGGCCGUGUGUGAAUGUCCCACGAACUUCAAAUUAGCAGCCGACAACAAAUCCUGCGAGUCUGACUGUCCUGCUCACUUCGUCUGCGAGAAAUCCUAUCGCUGCAUCCCCUUUUGGUGGAAGUGCGACACGCAGGACGACUGCGGCGACGGCAGCGACGAGCCUGACGAUUGCCCUGCCUUCCGCUGCGAGUUGGGACAACUGCAGUGCGGUGGCGGCAACAGUAGCAACAGUAUUAGUAAGAACAGCAGCAACAGCAGCAAGAACAGCAGCAGUGGCAGCAAGAACAGCAGCGGCAACAACACGUGUCUGCACCCUGCCCAGAUCUGCGACGGCAGUCAGCAGUGUGAGGACGGCUCCGAUGAACGUGACUGCGAUGUGUACAUGUGCUUGUCGAACCAGUUCAAGUGUCCGGCCAGCGCCAUCAGUAAAGGCUUAUGCAUCGAGAAGAGCAAACUCUGCGACGGCCGCUCUGACUGCCCAGGCGGUGAAGACGAGAGUGAUUGUCAUCCUAAGCCUUGCCCUGAUGAUAAGUUUGCUUGCGUCAACAAUGCCUUGUGCAUCCCGACGGUGUGGAUGUGCGACGGCCAGAAAGAUUGCGCCGAUGGUUCCGACGAGCCCCUGGAUUGCUUCAACAGAACCUGUCCUCAAGAUCUCUUCAAGUGCAACAGCAGCGGGCAAUGUCUCCCAAAGCGUUGGGUGUGCGACGGUGAAGAUGACUGUAAAGACAAGGAAGACGAGCAACAAGACUGCCAUCUUAGUCUGCCAUGUGGCCCUAAUGAGUUCAGAUGUGCCAACAAUGUAUGCAUUCCUGCUGAUUUCCGCUGCGAUGGAGUGGACGACUGCACGGAUGGCUCCGACGAGAAUGCGAUGUGUCGAUCAUCUUCUAAGCAGUGCGAUCUCGAGGAGUUUUCCUGUGCUUCUCAGGACCAAUGCGUGGCGCAAGACUUGGUGUGCAACGGUGUCAACGAUUGCACUGACGGCAGCGACGAGCAGCUUUGUCACGACCACGUGGCGUGCAAGAGCGACUACGUGCGAUGCAACGCAACGGGCGACUGCAUUCUCAGCGAGUGGCUGUGCGACCGCGACGUGGACUGUCCGGACGGCAGCGACGAGCAGAACUGCAGCUGUCAAGGCAGCCUGGAGCGCUGCGGGGACAGCGUGUGUCUGCCCGCCUCGUGGUUCUGUGACGGAGAGAAGGACUGCAGCAAUGGCACUGACGAGGACCCUGUCUUCUGUGCCAAGAGGGAGUGUCCCGAGUCACGAUUCCGGUGCAACAACUCUAUAUGCAUUCAAGACUUCAAGAAGUGCGAUGGCGAGCCACACUGCAGCGAUGGUUCAGACGAAGAUCCUGCCCUCUGCGCCGGCAUACACGACAACCACGCCUGGUGUGGCGACGGCAAGUUCCGUUGCAGCAACAGCCACUGCAUCAGCCACAACCUCGUCUGCGACUCCUUCAACGACUGCUUCGAUAACUCAGACGAGCAAGACUGUGACACAAGUGCAUGCAGUUUCGGAACGUGCUCUCAAAUUUGCAUCCCGAAGAAGAAGUCGAACGCAACCUGUUACUGCGACAGCAAUUAUCAGCUCUUCACGUCUGACAAGAAGCGUCAGUCUUGCGUGGCAAAAGGUGGAUUGCCGUUCUUACUCGUGGCCGAGGACUCGAGGCUGCUAAGACUGGGCAUCUACCAACAGCCCAACUCCGUCGGAUCGCAGGACUCGCACGAGUUCUCUCACGGUGAAGAUUCCCCGCGCGGGCGUGUAGAAAGUGUGGACGUGUUCUACCACUCGUCUGUUUCACAACAUCCUGUAGCGUACUGGUCCAGCCUGACGACAAACAGCCUCCACUACACCAUCAUGCCAGAGUCUGAUGCCACUGCUGCACCUCCAGCAGAGAGACAGAAGGACUCUCCUUCUGCCACCACUGAGAGGCAGAGUUCGUUCAUCUCCCACAUCAGCAAACUCAUACGACUUGCCUCAUCAUCAAGCAGAGUCGACCAGCGUCCUGGCACAAACGUCAGUGACAACAACACCAACGAUGCCUUCACUAACGCCCCUUCGGGCGGCGCUGACUGGCCUAAAAAGAGGAUCCAUAGAGACGCAUUGGAAGAAAGCACCGGCGUACUUGUGCCAGAUUUGAACGAGCCACGCGGUGUGGCAGUAGACUGGGUGGGCGGGUGGGUGUAUGUGGGCUGCAAAGACUCCAUCGUGGCAGUGAGCGCAGACGGCAACACAGUCGUUACAGUCCUCAAAGCCAGGAACUUGCAGCCUCAAGACCUCGUGCUGGACCCCAGCUACGGGCGUAUGUAUUGGACGUCGGUGACAAAUCUGUUCAGUCGUCGGUCGUCCGGCAUCGAAACUUCAUUAAUGGACGGACGCGAACGGAACUGGCUACUCACACGAGAGUCUCAUUGGCCCACUGGCCUGGCCAUCGAUUAUCCCGCCAAACGUCUCUACUGGACAGAUCUAAAAUUAAGGGCAAUUUUCACCACCAAGCUCGACGGCUCUGACAAGCACCUAGUGAAGACACUUGCUGUUGGUUACGACCACCCCAACAAGCUAUCGGUGUUUGAGGACUUCGUUUACGUGAGCAUGUCGCGCGGUCACCGCGUCUAUAGAGUGCAUAAGUUCGGAGGAAGAUCUCACAACCUAACGCUGCUCGCGCAAUAUCCUCUCAAAGUUACGCACAUCACAAUCGUGCAAGAGAACAAGCAGAAUCGUAACAUCACAAAUCCGUGCUCCUACAACCCUUGUCCUGUCGGCCAAGCUUGUUUCCUGGCUGGUCCUGGGCAGCAUUCUUGUCUCUGCCCAAGACGCUCCAACAGUACCGAGUGUGGAGGGAAGGGUCUUUGUGGAGGUCCAUGUGGCAACGGUACGUGCGUGUCGUCCGGAGGUGUGCACACGUGCCAGUGUUGGCCGGGAUAUUAUGGGAAAUUCUGUCAAUCAUUCAAGUGCUCCGAUAUCUGCCAACAGGGCGUAUGCACCCAGUCAGCCACUAGCAACGCGACUUGCGUGUGUGACGGCGGCUGGACCGGCCCUCGAUGUGACGUCGAUAUGUGCAUCGGCGGGAAGUGCACUUCGGGAGGGAAAUCUGAUCAUGAGUGCAAGCCUGCCUGCCGCAAUAACGGCUGGUGUGUGCUGGCAUCUGGCAGUGGCAAGGCAUUCUGCCGCUGCCCGCCUGGCUUCUCUGGCUCCACGUGCGAGAACGACGCGUGCUACCCAAAUAACGAAAGUUUUUGUGGUCUAAAGGGGUCGUGUUCACUAAAUGCCACAGGGUCGGCCGUUUGUAGCUGCCCCGCCGGGUACACGGGCGACCGAUGCCAACACUCAAACUGUGACGCCUACUGCAUUAAGGGUAACUGCAACCUGCAGUUGGACGGUCGACCUGCGUGCUCGUGCUUCUGGGGCUACAUUGGCGACCGCUGCGAACGAAACGUUUCGUUCGCCACCGUCAGCGACUGUAACGGAGUGCACUGCGAGAACGGCGGCACUUGCCACAGAACGCACACCGGCGGAGAGUGCCAAUGCCCUGUGGGCUACGCCGGUGACAGGUGUGAGGAACGAUCAGGCAGCGGCGAGAAUUUGUGCGCUGGAAUCUUCUGCAAACAUGGCGGCUGGUGCAAGGUUGAAUUCGGAAACGGCAAGUGUCGCUGCCCCGACGAAUGGGUUGGUGAAGACUGCAGCGUACGUCGGUCAUGUAGAUCUCGCUGCUUCAAUGGUGGCACUUGCAUCAUGAAUCCAGACCCAUCGCUUGCCCCGGAGUGCUUGUGCCCAAUUGGCUUCUAUGGUUUGCGAUGUGAGACUUCCAGUCAGUCUUUGGACAAAGUAUUCAUGACAAAGUGGCGUGAAAGUCACUAUACAGCAGCUGUGGUCUCUACCAUAAUAACAUUGUUGCUGCUGUUGUCGGUGCUGCUGCUGGGAGUGUGGUGGAAGUGCCGACGCAGUCGACGUGGAAUUGAACACGUCAGGCUGGAAGACACGAGCGCGGCCGGCACUGUUGAGCUCACCAAUCCGAUCUUCAUGGCUCAGGGCGCUCACCACGACGACGAGCCCGUCUUUACUUUGCAGGAUGCGAAACAAAAUGGCAAUGGUACUGCGGGGAAUUUCAAGAAUCCUGUCUACGACAGCCUAUAUGAAAGGAACGACGAUACUGUUGCCGCACUUGAAGAACGUGCUGGUCUUCUCGAUUCAGUUGACCCUUUGGGCGUCAUGCAUCAAAGCCAUCACCACGAGAAUGGAGCGAGACUUGCGUGAGAUUUUCCCUUCUCAUGCAUUAUUUAUUAAGUAUGUGGUGCUUAUUAUCGAGAUUACCUCGUUGAAAACAGAAUAAUUGAAAAGUUUGGAAAAUAUUAGCAUAAAUUUUACGCUCCUAACAUUAGAGUGGUAGCACUCUCUAAAAAUGCUGGGUUUUAUGGAAGAGCUGACAUUUGUAACUCGUGAUACGUUUUCUUUUUCUAAUGAAUCCAAUGCAUUUUAUCACGCAGUCUUCCUGUGUAUAGAAUUUGGUAACUCAUCGCUGAGGAAGCGACUACUGCGUGAUUGGUGAAGGUCUUCCACACGUUUCUCUAAAGAAUCUAGUGAGAUAGAAGUAUCUUUGACCGUUAGUAUUCAAUUAUCUGAACUCGUUCAUAGUCUUGGUAACUUGCUUACCAAUUAUUUUCGUUUUGGUUUGAUGCGGUAUUUAUAUUGAGGUAUAAUGGCCACAAGGCAUUGUUUAUAUUUUUAACAUUCGGGCAUUCAAUUUUUUUUCUAUUCCGGAGCUGAUAAAUGGUUCACAAGCAUGUGAUUUUCGUCUCCGAAAUUAGCUUGGUUGUAUUUUCUAAUCUGUUUGAGCUAUGAACUAUCUUUUGCUAAUUCAUGUUUUGCUUUAAAAUGCAUAAUUAUUUAAAAUAGUUAUCUCACGCAUUUCAACUUCAGCAAUUCACCACAUUGAAGAUUGAAUGCUUGGUCUUUUUAAAUAUAUAAAUAUUUUGUGCCAAUUCCGUCGCAAUUAAUUUAAGUAAGAUGAUUAAGUUGCGGUCUGACUAAUUUAAUAAAUUGGAUACUCAUCGAGUGUUCUGGUGGCCUCAAAUAUUUUUAGAUUUAGUCAAAUUAUUUUGAAAUAAUCCUUAAUUUUUUUAUACUGUUAUCUCCCAGAGCAAUGUUAUCUCUGUUUUAAUUAACAUUAAUUAUUAAUUUUUGUCACAUUUAAUUGUCUCGACUAUAAUUUUUAUAUGUUUAUCACAGUAAUGAGUUCAAAACAUGCCGGUAAUGACUGAAGUGUUGGCGAGGUUCGCUGAUCAAAGUUACUUUAGAAUCAGUUUUUGAAGCAUUGAAAGGCAGAAACAAUGUUUCAUGUAUAUGUGAUGUAGCUAGUCACGAAGCACUGCAGAAAUGGCAGUUUUUCAUGUUUAUCUUGCCUUUUCCAAAAGACAUUGGAAAUGCUAUUUUUUUUUGUUUUCUUCAUCUAUUACAAGAAGUUGUCAGAUUUUCUUCUACAUUGACAAUUGAUUGAAUGUUGACUAGUUAUUCAGAAUUUCUAGUCAAUCUAAUAUUUUUCUGUUGCUACAGACGUCUGUACGCUUUAUAAUCAUGUCUAAUGAAUGUAACGUGCAUAAGUUUUUCAAUGGCAGACUCGCGACGCGCGAAUAAGUUGAAGCGUGCAAUGAAGCCUUGCGUAUAUAUAUCUAAAUUGAUAUAUAGGUCUAUUUUUAGGUUGCCUGUGAUCCGAUGAAAAUUCAGGGCCUUUAAACCUAACAUCUGAGGAGUUCUGCGUUUUUUUUAUCAAGCACAAUUUCGGUGUUUGUCGCAGUCAAGUGCAAUUCUUUCCAAUCUUACUACGCACUGAAAUCUUGUCUAAGCUCAUUGUGGCAGUAUAUGCUGCCAUAAUAUCAAACGAUCAUAAGUUCUAGACCUAUUCAAUUAGUUGCAUUUUGUGAAAUCAUGAAGUGCUUUUAAUCAGGCUACUUUUACCCACUCUCGACCUUAUCGAAAAACAUCAUGUACCUUAUUUUUUGCGAGCAAACAGACUAAGAUAAAUUUUGUAUUAUAGCACGUGGUCAUUUUCUCGAGUAUCAUUGUACGCAUCUGCGUCCAGUGUAAUACCUGCGAUGUCGUUUUCUGUGCCACAUACAAAGAUGGGGCAUAAACUUGUCACGUUUCAUUAUACGAUUAGCUCAGCAUAAACUGCACGACGUCGGAGUGCACGUGUUCACCAAUUUCAAAUAUUCACAAAAAUAUAUUACGGCAGUAUUUUGUGACCUAUAAGCUACUAGACUAAAAUCUUUUAUAUGUAAUGACAGCCGAGAACUCGAGCCUUCUAUUUUUAAUAAAUCUUAAGUGUACAA